AUGGUACCUGCACAUCAUCCAUCAGCUCUUUACACUGACAUCUCCAGAGGGCUCUCCAGGACUACUGCUCUACAGAGGAAGCAGCCAUUGGUGGAAGGAAAAGACAGGCUUCUCUACGAACUCCAAUUGAUCUGGAAGACAAUGAUGACUUCCUGGUCUGUCACAAAGAAGAAUGCCCUGGUGCAUUUGAAUGAGCUGAGACCAGGUCUACAGUAUGAGAUAGUGUCUCAGACAGGGCCAGUUCACGCCCCUUUGUUCGCUGUAGGAGUAGAGGUCAACGGUCUCAGGUUCGAGGGCCGAGGCCCCACCAAGAAGAAGGCUAAGAUGAGGGCAGCAGAGCUUGCUCUUAGGUCCUUCAUCCAGUUCCCCAACGCCCAUCAGGCUCACAUCACCAUGGGAAACCUCAACUUCAUCAACACCACAGCACCAACAGACUUCACCUCAGAUCAGGCCGAUCUCGUCCCCGACACGCUCUUCAAGGAGUUUCAGCCAGAAGCACAGGAAGACCAAAUCUUUAAUCACAGAACAGGGGGAAAGGAGUUGCAGUUCGAGGAACCACCAGCACAAGGACAACUCUACAGAACAGUGAAAAAGGGACAGGAGUUGCUCUCCAGUAUCUGUAACCAUGGGAGACUAGUGCGCCUGACCCUUGACCUGAUGUCCUCAGACAAUCAGAAGAGGCAGAGGAUCGGUUCCGCUAUCGUCGGGGAACUGAGGCCCGUGGCUCUGCUCAAUGAGUUAAUGCCAGGCUUGAGGUACGUCUGCCUGACAGAGAGAAAGAAAGGCAGGCCGAUCAGGAGCUUUGUGAUGGCAGUACGGGUGGAUGGAAGGGUAUUUGAGGGCUGUGGGCGCAGUAAGAGGCUGGCUAAAGCCGAGGCAGCAGCCUCAGCCCUACAGGACCUGUUUAACAUCAGUCUGGGUCCUGAGAGGAGCAUCAGCAAUACUGCCAGCUGGGCCAAGAGCGCACAGCUACCUCAGUGCUUUGCAGAGUAUAUCUUCCACUUGGUGAGAGAGAAACACAGUGAGCUGGCUGACUGUUGCUGCACUACCUCCCAGUCGCACAGACGUCACAAAGUACUGGCAGGCAUCGUAAUGACCAGAGGUUUUGAUCUGAGGCGAGCCCAGGUGGUGUCUUUGGGGACAGGGACCAAGUGUAUCAGUGGAGAGUGUGUCAGUGACCAGGGAUGGGCGGUUAAUGACUGCCAUGCUGAGGUCACCACCAGGAGGGCUUUCCUCCGCUUCCUCUAUGCCCAACUGGAGCUUUUCCUCUGCAACUGGCCAGGCAGUUUGGAGCAGUCGAUUUUUGUGCGAGACAAAGAGUCAGUAUACAGACUGAGAGACGGUAUUCUGUUCCAUAUGUAUGUGAGUUCAUCGCCCUGCGGGGACGCACGCCUCAACUGUCCCUACGAGAUCACAGCUACACACCAGAGCGGGUAUAGAUUUGUGAGGAAGUUGCGCUGCCAUCUGAGGAUGAAGAUGGAAGGCGGUGAGGGUACACUUCCUGUCAGCGUACUGAGAGCCAAUCAGAAAUGGCACAGGGGGUUGCCGAGGGAACCUCCCGUAACCAUGUCCUGCACAGAUAAAAUUGCCAGGUGGAAUAUUCUAGGUCUCCAGGGCUCUCUCCUGUCUCACCUGGUGGAGCCGGUGUACCUCCACAGCCUCACAGUGGGCAGCCUGUGCCACACGGGUCACCUGGGAAGGACCAUGGCACGACGCAUGGGGCACAUCGCCCCUCUGCCCUCGUCCUAUAGACGCAACAAGCUACUGCUCGGCUGCCUCAGCAGCAGUGAGGGUCGGCAGCCAGGGAAGUCUCCCAGCUUCAGUGUGAACUGGAGUGCUGGAGACGGAGAGCUGGAGGUGGUGGAUGUCUCCACUGGCAGGAAAGACUCAGGGACACCAUCCAGACUCUGCAAGAGAUCCUUCUUCACUCGCUGGGAGAGACUACACCACCAGCUUAGCAGUCCAGGAGGAGUAUUGGAUGUAGAGGAGUCCCUAUUUCUUAUGUCAGAUAGCACAACGACUCUGUCUGCACGGUCGGUUGAGGGACGAGUGUCGCCUAGGAGUGACGACACCUGUCGGAAGACAAUGGAGGAGGCCAUGAAGACGUACUGUGGAGCUAAGAUGGCAGCAGGGGCCUACCAGAGAGCCAGGCAUAAGUUUGUCGUCUCGCUGCAGGAGGCAGGUCUGGGCAUCUGGAACAGGAAACCACCAGAACAGGAGCAUUUCCAGAGCAGGGUGUGAGGGGUUCUUCUAGAAGAAGCAGUCCAGGGAAUUUUCUUUAGCCAAAUUCCCUCACACGCAGACACACACACCGCAGACUCAGACUCAGACACACACACACAAGCUGUUCCAAUCAUGGUAACUAAGAGGUUGUAAAAUAGAAUGUCACCACGAUAGGAACAGCACAUAGUGCU